CCCAGAAGCCUGGUCAGGCGAUGCUGUGUGAAGUUCCCUCACUGCGAGGCCAUCCCAGAGGAAUCUGACUCAAAGGAGGUGAAGGAGUCUACACCCCUGCUCAUGCCCCCUUCUGUCCCCAUCGAGGUCCCCCCACAACGGACGCGUUACUGGUGUCGUGUCAGUACCUAUGUGUGGUUGUUGCUAGGCUACCCUCUCCUGGGGCUGAUCCACGGCCUGGCCUGCUUCCUCUCCUGGAUCCUGGUCUUCACCAUCCCUGUGGCCAAGAUGAACGCCCGCACCCUGGCCAUCAUCCUCCUCCUGCCCCCCGAGGACGUCCACAUCCACCGGCUGAAAAAGCCGCAAGGGUGUGAGAGCCAAGUGCUUCUCUGUUGCUACCACGCCUUCAACUGGUACUACUACAAAUACACCUUGGACGGAAUCAAUGUGUUCGCUGUCAACCUGCUGCCCCUGGUCAUCACAACCCUGGUGGUUGGCUACGUGGACACAGAGAACCAGGUUGUCAGCUCGGAGGCCAAGUUCGCCGCUGCCGUCAGCUCCAUCAUCCCCCUGUCCUAUUACAUUGGCAUGGGCAUCGCCAGUAUCUCAGCCCAGAGUAACUUUGCGGUGGGAGCAGUGGUGAACGCAACGUUUGGCUCCAUCACAGAGAUGACCUUCUACAUCACUGCCCUGCUGAGGGGUCACAAGGCCGGCACCAAGUGCUAUGAGGAGAUCGUCAAGGCCGCUCUCACUGGAACCCUGCUGGGCUGUAUUCUCUUUAUCCCAGGUAUCAGCAUGAUCAUCGGGGGCUUUAAACACAGGGAGCAGAGGUUCAACAGCCGCUCUGCAGGGGUCAGCUCAGCCCUGCUCUUCAUAUCAGUAGGAGGUGUAUUUGCCCCAACCCUGUUCUCCAAGGCCUAUGGUAGCCUGGUGUGUGCGGGCUGCUCCAGCUCUCCAGCCAACACCAGCGGGCCCUUUACCUGUAUGGACUGCCACUAUGACAUGAGUGGAAGUAACGAACCCCUAUAUCUCAGACACAUAGAGUAA